AUGGACAAGCUGGCGGCCGGGCUGGCCGGGCUGCGUUGGAGCCUGGGCGCCUUCCCGCUCGACCUCAUCGUCAGCCGCUGCCGCCUGCCCACGCUCGCCUGCCUCGGCCCAGGGGAGUACGCGGAGGGAGUCAGCGAGCGCGACAUCCUGCUCAUCCAUUCCUGUCGCCAGUGGACCACGGUGACAGCGCACACGCUGGAGGAGGGCCACUACGUCAUUGGGCCCAAGAUUGACAUCCCCCUGCAGUACCCAGGGAAGUUCAAGUUGCUGGAGCAGGCCCGUGAUGUGCGGGAGCCAGUGCGGUACUUCAGCAGCGUCGAAGAGGUGGCCAGUGUCUUCCCUGACCGCAUCUUUGUCAUGGAGGCCAUCACGUUCAGCGUCAAGGUGGUGUCGGGCGAGUUCAGCGAGGACAGCGAGGUGUACAACUUCACGCUGCACGCGGGCGACGAGCUGACGCUCAUGGGCCAGGCGGAGAUCCUGUGCGCCAAGAGCCCCAAGGAGCGCUCGCGCUUCACCACGCUGCUGCGCAAACUGGGCCGCGCGGGCGCGCUGGCGGCGGGCGUGGGGGGCGGCCCAGGGGCCCCGGGGUCCGCGGGGGGCGGCGGGGGCGCGCGGCCCCUCAAGGGCAAGAUGCCCUGCCUCAUCUGCAUGAACCACCGCACCAACGAGAGCCUCAGCCUGCCCUUCCAGUGCCAGGGCCGCUUCAGCACGCGCAGCCCAUCGGAGCUGCAGAUGCAGGAGGGCGAGCACACGGUGCGGGCCAUCAUCGAGCGCGUGCGGCUGCCCGUGAACGUGCUGGUGCCCAGCCGGCCGCCGCGCAACCCCUACGACCUGCACCCGGUGCGGGAGGGCCACCGCUACAAGCUGGUGAGCAUCAUCUCCAAGACCGUGGUGCUGGGGCUGGCCCUGCGCCGCGAGGGCCCCGCGCCCCUGCACUUCCUGCUGCUCCCCGACACCCCGCGCUUCGCGCUGCCCCAGGGCCUGCUGGCCGGGGACCCCCGCGUCGAGCGCCUGGUGCGGGACAGCGCCUCGUACUGCCGCGAGCGCUUCGACCCCGACGAGUACUCCACCGCCGUGCGGGAGGCGCCCCCCGAGCUGGCCGACGACGGGGCCAGCCCCCGCCGCGCGCGCCUCUGCUUGCCCGCGCCCCCGGCCCCGGCCCCCCGUGCGCCCCCGACCCCUGCUGACCAGGACUACGCGAGUCCCGAGCCCGCCGCCGCCGCCUCCGAGAUCCCCUACGAGGAGCUGUGGGCGCAGCAGGUGGCCCCCGACGCUCCCCGGACCCUGCCCGGGCCCGAUCUCAUCUCCUUCGGGGCCACCGGGCCUCCCCCGCGCCUGGAGCCCGCUGCCGAGGCGCCUCCCGUGCCCCCCAAGUCCGAGGCGGUGAAAGAAGAGUGCCGCCUGCUCAACGCCCCGCCCGUGCCCCCACGGGGUGGCAAUGGCUGUAGCUGGCUGUCCAGCAGCCCCCCGGUACCCCCACGCUUCCCCAAGCUGCAGCCUGUCCACUCCCCCAGCUCCAGCCUCUCUUACUACUGUUCCGGCCUCCAAGAUGGGGUUGGCUCCCGCAGUGGCAGUGGCUCGCCCUCGCCUGAUGCCUACUCCCUCUACUGCUAUCCAUGCUCCUGGGGAGACUGCAAGGCGGGGGAGUCAUCCAGUCGCCAGGGGCCCGGGGCCUUUCCGUCCACCACGCAACCCAGCCAGGUGGCCAGAGCCCUUGCGGAGCCCCUGAGCGGCCGACCUGCCUCACUCUUGGGGGCCGACACCCCUGCCAAGGCCUACCACAGCUGCCCGCCUCUCUUCAAGUCCUCGCACCCCCAGAAACGCUUUGCUCCAUUUGGUGGGCUCAACCCCUUUUCUGGGCCUGCUGCUACCUCAGGAACCCCGGCUACCUCCAAUGCUGCAUAUUCCCCAGGCCCAGGCUCCCCAGGCCAGGCCUACAGCACGGCUCCCGCCUCCUCCUGCCCCACCUCAUCCUCUUCUUCCUCCGAGUGGCAGGAGCCGGUCCUGGAGCCCUUUGAUCCCUUUGAGUUGGGGCAGGGCUCUUCUUCGGAGCCCGAAUUGCUUCGCUGCCAAGAGCCCAGGGCUGUGGGGGCUCCUGGGCCUGGACCCCGCCUCUCACCCCUUGGACCUCCCAAGGUCUUUGAACCUGCUUCCUUGUCACCAGCGGCAGCCCUGCAGGGGUCGGAACCUGGGGCUGGCCCCAGAGUCCUCCUUCCACCAACGCGCCUGGAAGGGCCUCCUGCCAGUCCCCGGGAAGGGGCAGCGUCCUGGCAGCCACCCGCAGACCUGUCUGCGCUGUCCCUGGAGGAGGUGUCACGAAGCCUGCGCUUCAUCGGGCUCUCGGAGGACGUGGUCACCUUCUUCGCCCGGGAACGCAUCGAUGGCAGCAUCUUUGUGCAGCUCAGCGAGGACAUCCUGGCAGACGACUUCCACCUCACCAAGCUUCAGGUCAAGAAGAUCAUGCAGUUCAUCAAAGGCUGGCGCCCCAAGAUCUGAGGCAUUCCUGGCAGCCACACUGCUAGCAUGAGACCCAGCCAGACCCAGCUCUGCUCCCCCGAAGUUCAAAUGGGAGGUGAUGUCAGAACUAAGGCUGCCAGGAGCUGUGGGGGACGCUGGGGUUGGAGGCCCACUGGGGCUAGGAGGGGCUUGUCUGAGGUAGGCAGGAUCAGAGGAGGCAAUAUUGCUUGUGUCUGGGGCCUGAUGAUGCCUUUACACUUUCUGUAGAAGGGACACCCACUUCCUUACAUUAUGUACCUCUCAAGUUGAAGUCCAGCUGGGAGCAGAGGGAGGAUGGUUGGGACAUAAGCACAGGUUCUCCAAGUGCCUGUCUGGCAGGUGGGAAGCCAUGGCCACCCUGGUGCGGGCAGCCUGUGCUCUGCUCUGUCUGCACUGUGAGGGACACAGAGCACCGGCCUAUGACCCUGGGGCCCCAACUUGCCUUGCAUGGAGUCUCUGUCCCAGCCCGGUGAACAUGCUGUGAACCUGUGGUGCCCUUGACUCAUUUCAGGUCCCUGGCAUAGGGUGGGUGGGCAGCAGCUCACUCCUGCACAGGUCACCACGGUGAACGGGUUCUGGCCUCAUGAGCUGCUUGGCUCCCACCUAGAACUACUCGUCAGGCCCAGGGCUUGGCCUUCCAGGGCCUAUCUCAGUAUUUAUUUCCUUCAAUCCUCUCCUGGGUGCCACCACACUGGUGCUGGGGCCCAGGGAGGCAGCACGGCUGUGCAAAGGGGCCUGAAGGUUCUUCCUUGCUGACUGCUGGUGAAUCCUCAAGGGACGGUGAAAUAAAGAGUGCUGGGAAACA